AUGGCGGGGCUGCAGAAAGUCAGGCCGUAUCAGCUGCAGCUCUUCUUCAGCAACAAGUAUGCCUACGCGCAAAUCUGGAAGGUAUCAGGAGACAAGCACACCGUGGCUGCGGCUGCCUCCACCAUCGAGAAGGGGCUGCAGGAGGGACUGGAGUCCACCUCUGACAAAGGAGCCUGCGCAAGGGUCGCGCAAACCCUGGCGGAGCGGGCCCAGGCUGCCGGCAUCGAUACCGUGAGCUGGCAACGCAAGCCCCGCCAACGAUUCCACGGCAAGGUCGCAGCCUUGGUCACCGGCCUCAAGGAAGCAGGGAUCAAGAUGAUGUAG